AUGGAGCAAGCGCAGCGACUGGAACAACAACGUCUCCUAGAGAUACAACAACGCCAAGACCAUGAACAUUUGUUAGAAGUUCUACGAAAGCAAGAACACGAGAAAAGACAGCGGUUGAUGGAUGUACAGAAACGGGAGGAACAACAACAGGAAAAACUGAUGAUGGAGGAUCGGAUUCGUAAUGAACGUCGACGAGUUGCGUUGGGGUUAGACCAAAUACCCAGAGAAGCAGAUCUGUCGCCACCAUUUUCUUUAGCAUUGCUUACGGGUAAAAGCGAGGUGAAAUCUGACUCGAACAUUGUUAGAUCUGAAUAUCGUCAUGAUUAUUCACCUGCUGGUGCAUUGUCGAGUAUUGAAAUUUUUAAGGCACCGGGAUUUCAUAGAAGACAAAAUCCAAACAUCAUACCAACGCCUUUAACUACGACAUUAGCAACAACAGCUUCGACAAUAAUGGAUCACUGGCAUGCUCGAUUUAAUCAACGUGAUUUACACGAGCAUCUUGGUGUCCCAUAUCAGAUAGAUUUAUCACGCAAAACGCAUGCGCAGUCAAAUCAGAAUCAACCCACAGAGGUGAUCGACAAAAUAACUGUAAGUCCUGUUAUUUUGCAAUUUACGACUCAAUAUGCUUCUACGACAACAUCAACAACUCCAGCGACGUCAGUUACAAGAGCACCAACGACAACAACUGUACCCCCAAUAUUACAAACCGCAGAUCCUAACCCUCCUCCAAUUUUCGACACAAAAGUUCAGUUCACGUUCAUGCCAAUGCCAAAUAUAGAAAAAUCCACCAAACCUACCGUUUCAAAGGCUUCUGCCAAUGGAUCCAAUCCAGACGAAAUAUUGCCUGUAAAUUUUGACAAGCGAUGUCAAGGAUGCGUGUUUGUUAAUGAUCGCUGUCUGUUACCGGAUCGCGUGCAUUGUCAUCAGUACGUGGAAUGCGUGCGACAAGGUCAAACCGUUCGAGCCUUCAACAGAGAAUGCGCAUUAGGCUCGUUCUUCGAUAGAAAAACGUACAUAUGCGUCGAUCCAAAGAAUGCCGACUGUCCUACGGACCGUUGUCGCGAGCCAGGAACCAAGUGGUAUACCAUCCACGGCCAUUGCAAGCACUACUGGUCCUGCGGGCUACGAGAGGGUGGGGCGCCUUAUGCCCAGAGUUCUUGCUGCCCGGAUAUGGGUGGAUUCGUAGACGACGUGGGGUGUGUUGAAAAUAAAAACUGCACUGACUCAUGCGAGAAGCCAAUCCAGAUGGAAGGGCCAGCAGGCUGCCUCCUGCGUAAAACAGAUAAGCCAUCCGUAUAUUUUGACGGAAAUGCAAAUAUAGAGCGCCCAUGCGCCCCAGGGACCAUAUUCAAUGAGCGUGCAUGCACAUGCGUGCAAGAUGUUGCCAUAGAGCGCAGUCCAAACAAGCCUGGAGCUGGUACGUGUAUGCCGUUACUGGCUGUGACGUUUACCGGGAACCAGGUCGCGGAUGAUUCCCACCAGAAGCAGCACAUCGGCGUCGACGGCGUCAGCUCUUCGGUUGAAGGUCAUGGAAUCUUUACCGGAAAUAGUCGCCUUGUUCUUUGGCGAUAUGCUAACCACAUGCUACCACUCGUGUUUGCUAUAAGAUUUAGCUUUUUGAGCCAGAAUACGGAGCCUCGUUUUCAAACGCUGAUUUCAAACUGUGACGAUAAGACCAGCCGGGAGCCAUCUUUGGAGAUCUCCAUAGACACUCAGUACCAGGAGGUGAUCUUUAAAGUAGAUACAUACGAGGGCGUGGCCAAGAGGUUCAAAAUUAUGUACAACAAAACUAAAUGGAAUGAAGUAGCUCUCAUUUACGACGGAGAAAGGAUCGUUGGCUCAGUAGACAGGCGUGCUAGGAACAUGCUUGGUAGUGGUGGAAUAGAGACCCGACCACAGCCUAUUGGCAUCGGAAUGUGUUCCAACUCCAAUGGUUUCAAAGGAUUAAUUGAUGAUGUAAAUAUCUACGAAGACUGCAUACCUGAUGAGAUGUUUGGGAUUUUCAUGUCCGUUUUGGAAUAGACCCUUAUACAAAUGUACUCCAGUCACGUUUGGAAGGGAAGGUGCCCAAUGGCAUGUAUUGCCGAUUUAACGCAUAUACAAGUUGAAUUGAUCUGUUGUUUGAAAUUCGAGCGCUGUACUGAGGACUCGACAGUGAUCAACACGUAGAGUGAACAUUCUGAUAUGGAUGCCUAUGAUAUGAUGGAAACCCCAUUACCUCAGUGAAUAUACGUUUGCAGCAUGUAUCUUGUUGCGACAAAGUACCGAACACAAUGACUACCCAUUUCGUCAUAUAUUUAUGUUACAAACCGCAGCAUGUAUCUUGUUGCGGCAAAGUGUUGAAAAUUACGGCAAACCAUUUAGUCAAAUAUUUAUACAUACAAACUCUGAAACUGUUUAAUCAGAUUCAUGUGCUCAAUUUGUUCUGUUCUGUAGGUCAUUACGUUAAUUAAAGGCCCACACUUUUAUUCAUUUGAUCCUAAGCAGUUUACGCAAGCUUCUGAUUGGUCUGCUGCAGAGGUGUAUACAGAGAAAAGUGAAAGCUUCUUUAUCCAGACAAAAUGUAUCUCUUUUUAUAUUUCACUUACAUGAUAACUAAUGUGUUGCUUUUUUGUUCGAUACAUUGAACAAUAACAAGUAGCUAAGUCAGUUGUAUUUUUUUUUCAAAAGGUAUAUAUUGUUAUAUGUCAAUAUGUUGAUGACAAAACACAUUCAGCGGUAUGAUAUUUUUAAAGACACUUUUUCGUCACGGCAUAUUCUGAGUAAUGUAAAUUUGAACGCACAUUUUUCCCUGUGUAUACAACAUUAUAGUCUUAAGAAAUAUAUAAUAGGUCCGCAGGUAGCUGAACCUAAUUUUCGUUAUUAAACGUAAUAUAAUACAUAUAAAACAAAAUUUCAUUUUCUACACUUGUAUUAAAGAUAAAAAGAUUUAAUGAAAACUCUUGUCCACCAAGUUUACUACGCACUAUGACACAGUUAAUUCAACCAAUCAAAAAUAGUCUAUGAGGCCAAAUAGUUCCAGACCAGCAUGCGCAGUCGCAAUCUGGUGAGGAUAUGCCCUAUCAGCUUAUGAAACCCCGACAUCUUGCAUCAAUAUACAGUGGACAGCGUAUAGCAAAAGCCCCAUUUUCGCAUAUCGCGGCUUAAGACGUCUGAACAAAUGAUUCGAGGUUGAAAAAAUAUGCCAUACAUAUUACUCUUUUAUUUAAAUAAUAAAUACGCCUAAUACUCGACAGGUUAAUUCAUUCAAUAAUAGUCGUUUAUGUAUUAAUACAUUUUAUUU